AUGCAUGAGAUCAUACCCAGCUAUGCCUAUUCUCGCAUCGAGCCCGAUGAGUUUCGCGUCCUUAAGAUUGUCGAGGUAGAUCCUCAGAUUAAGUUCAGUCUGCAGACAUUCUCUAUUUAUGAGGCACCCGGGUAUGAAGCACUGUCGUACGCAUGGGGUACCUCGCCAGAGACGGAGGAUGGUGUUUGUAACGGUGCGCGCUUCCGCAUCUCUCGCACCCUAGGCCAGGCUCUACGCGGAAUACACGCCUAUUCUGGCGGGGGGUGGAUAUGGGUGGACGCCAUCUGCAUCAAUCAAACCGACUCGGUGGAGAAGGCGCACCAGGUCGCAGGGAUGGGAGAGCUUUACUCCUGCGCAGACCAAGUCUUAAUCUGGCUAGGAGAUGCUGCUGACGAAAGCGAUCUGGCGUGUUCGCUAUUGCCCGAACUUACGGAGAAGAUCUGGGCACUGAAAGAGAGCGAAGGAGGAUGGAGACCGCGAACCACGGACGACAUUGUAGCGCAAGGACUUCCGCAUCCUGAUGAUAAGCUCUGGCGCGCUGCACUGUUGCUCUACAGUCGACCCUGGUUUCAGCGACUCUGGAUUGUUCAGGAGGUCGUUUUGGCGCCCCAAUGUGUGUUUCUAUGCGGUACGCAGCAGCUCGAAUGGCAUGUUGUAGUGAAUUUUGCCAUCGCCACGUCCAAAUCCUUUUUCGUCAGCAAUAUCGCCGGCUUGCACGUUGACGCGAUGGGCGAGGAUCAGGUCGGCCGGUCGGCCAACGGGAUCAAACUCAUCCGGAGUUCACGCCGUUUGAAAGAGGGGUUGGAGGAGGCCGACAAGGAGACUGACGGGCUGCAAGCAACAAUGGACAUUAUGCAAAGCCAGGGCGCCUCCGUGAAGGUAGACUAUGUCUAUGGAGUUCGCGACAUGCUGCCGGACGCCCUGCGUGAGAAGGUGGUCGUAGAUUACUCCGAUGAGGCUAAGCAGAAUUACGGCCUCGUUCACGCCAGGUUUUUCCGACAAUGCUUAGAGCGGGUCAGGGAUUGGCCUUCAUUGCGCUUUCCUCCAACUACGACCCAUGCAGAUAUUCCUUCAUGGUGCCCGCCUUGGGGCAGCGGCUGGAAUUACGGAUAUCUGCCCGUCGUGGGUUGUAAAGCCGGAAGACCGCCUGCGACAUCUCUCCCAUCGUCCUCUAAUAGCCUAUCCCUUACAGCCAACAACGGUGGUGAAGAGGUCCUCUGUAUUGAUGGCUUGUGUGUGGAUACGGUCAAAGAGGUUGUUCCUCUCAGCACAGUCUUUGACGAGGGCUCCAACGUGUUUCAUGGACGUCGAGUCUUGACGGCUCUGAAGGACUGUUCUGCUUACAUUCCCGACGACACAGACACCCACCAACGCCUCCUUGGGGUUCUAAUCGUUCUCUGGGCGCCAGAGGGCGAUGUCUUAAACAGUUUCGUCGCAUUCCUGGAGCUUGCUGCAAACGAAAAGCAUGAAGGUGUGGCUAAUCCAACCCCUCUCAAUCUAAACACGGCGGAAUACUUUCUCGACCAGCAUCGGUUUUGGCGGGGCUAUCUCAAUCUCAUAAUGAUUCGAUGGCCAGGGAGAAGUUUCGUGCUUACCACAAACGGCCAUAUGGCGAUGGUGCCAUGUCACACUGAAGCCAAAGACACGGUGUGUGUCUUUCUGGGAGCGACUCUGCCGCAAGUUGUUUCUCGGCACGAGGAUGGAGUGCACUGGAGAUAUAUUGGGCCCAGUGUUGUCGAUGGCAUUAUGCAAGGAGAGGUCUUUGACGCCACGGGGGAGUGGGUGAAUAAGAAGGACACGAUUUGUUUGAAAUAG